AGCGGCCGCAGCUGGGCGAGUGACAGGCACCGCGCGCGCCGCGGCCGUCAGAGCCGGUGCAGGGGAAGCGUCCGCGGCCCCGGGCGGCAGCCAGCGGCCGCCUCGUCGCGCGCCUCCCGGGCCCACAGCCCCGCGGUCCCGCGGCCCCCGGGGCCGGCCGGCACCUCUCAGGCUCCCCGGUCCCCCCCGCGCGCGCAAGAUGGCUGACCCGGCUGCGGGGCCGCCCGCGAGUGAGGGCGAGGAGAGCACCGUGCGCUUCGCCCGCAAAGGCGCCCUCCGGCAGAAGAACGUGCAUGAGGUCAAGAACCACAAAUUCACCGCUCGCUUCUUCAAGCAGCCCACCUUCUGCAGCCACUGCACCGACUUCAUCUGGGGCUUUGGGAAGCAAGGAUUCCAGUGUCAAGUUUGCUGCUUUGUAGUGCACAAGCGGUGCCAUGAGUUUGUCACGUUCUCCUGCCCUGGUGCUGACAAGGGCCCAGCCUCAGAUGAUCCCCGGAGCAAACACAAGUUCAAGAUCCACACGUACUCCAGCCCCACAUUCUGUGACCACUGCGGAUCCCUGCUGUACGGACUCAUCCACCAGGGGAUGAAAUGUGACACCUGCAUGAUGAAUGUGCACAAGCGCUGCGUCAUGAACGUCCCCAGCCUGUGCGGCACUGACCACACGGAGCGCCGCGGCCGCAUCUACAUCCAGGCGCACAUCGACCGGGAGGUCCUCAUCGUGGUCGUAAGAGAUGCUAAAAAUCUUGUACCCAUGGAUCCCAAUGGCUUGUCAGAUCCCUACGUAAAACUGAAACUUAUUCCUGACCCUAAAAGCGAGAGCAAGCAGAAGACCAAAACCAUCAAGUGCUCGCUCAACCCUGAGUGGAACGAGACAUUUAGAUUCCAGCUGAAAGAAUCGGACAAGGACCGAAGACUGUCGGUUGAGAUCUGGGACUGGGACCUGACGAGCAGGAAUGACUUCAUGGGAUCUUUGUCCUUUGGCAUUUCUGAGCUGCAGAAAGCUGGAGUCGAUGGCUGGUUUAAGCUGCUGAGCCAGGAGGAAGGCGAGUACUUCAACGUGCCUGUGCCGCCGGAGGGAAGCGAAGGCAAUGAAGAACUACGGCAGAAAUUCGAGAGGGCUAAGAUUGGCCAAGGGACCAAGACUCCAGAAGAAAAGACAACCAACACUAUUUCCAAGUUUGACAACAAUGGCAACCGGGACCGGAUGAAACUGACUGACUUUAACUUCCUGAUGGUGCUGGGAAAAGGCAGCUUUGGCAAGGUGAUGCUGUCAGAGCGGAAGGGCACAGAUGAGCUCUAUGCAGUGAAGAUCCUCAAGAAGGAUGUGGUGAUCCAAGAUGACGAUGUGGAGUGCACCAUGGUGGAGAAGCGGGUGCUGGCCCUGCCCGGAAAGCCACCAUUCCUGACCCAGCUGCACUCCUGCUUCCAGACCAUGGACCGCCUGUACUUUGUCAUGGAGUAUGUGAAUGGAGGGGACCUCAUGUACCACAUCCAGCAAGUGGGCCGGUUCAAGGAGCCUCAUGCUGUAUUUUACGCUGCAGAAAUUGCUAUCGGUCUGUUCUUCUUACAGAGCAAGGGCAUCAUAUACCGUGACCUCAAACUUGACAAUGUGAUGCUGGAUUCCGAGGGACACAUCAAGAUCGCUGACUUUGGCAUGUGUAAAGAAAACAUUUGGGAUGGCGUGACAACCAAGACCUUUUGUGGUACUCCGGAUUACAUCGCCCCUGAGAUAAUUGCAUAUCAGCCCUAUGGGAAGUCUGUGGAUUGGUGGGCCUUUGGAGUCCUACUGUAUGAAAUGCUGGCUGGGCAGGCACCCUUUGAAGGGGAAGAUGAGGAUGAACUCUUCCAAUCCAUCAUGGAACACAACGUGGCUUACCCCAAGUCCAUGUCCAAGGAAGCAGUGGCCAUCUGCAAAGGGCUGAUGACCAAACACCCAGGUAAGCGUCUGGGUUGUGGACCUGAAGGUGAACGUGACAUUAAAGAACAUGCGUUUUUCCGGUAUAUUGAUUGGGAGAAACUUGAACGCAAGGAGAUACAGCCUCCCUAUAAGCCAAAAGCUUGUGGGCGAAAUGCUGAAAACUUCGACCGGUUUUUCACCCGCCAUCCACCAGUCCUAACACCUCCUGACCAGGAAGUCAUCAGGAAUAUUGACCAAUCAGAAUUCGAAGGAUUUUCCUUUGUUAACUCUGAAUUUUUAAAACCUGAAGUCAAGAGCUAAGUAGAUGUGUAGACCCGCGUCCUUCGUUUCUUUCGUUCAAGCUCCACGGCUGUUGUGGUGACAUUUGUUUUUUCAUUGCCAAGUCGCUUCCAUGUUUUGUUGUCCCAUCAGGCUAGAGUGACCAUGUUUCAGUGCCCAAAUGUCCUCAGGUAGCCGGGAGCAUCUCUGCGAGAUGGGAUUAUGCAGAUGGCCCGUGAACAUGCUGCUGCAUAAUUGAGACAUUAUUCAACUCCUCUCUCGGUUUAUUUUCCCCAAGCAUGUCUGCUAAAUAGAUCCAGUGGGGAGAGAAAAUGCCUGCUUUCUUUCCUCCUCUUUUGCGCUGCUGUUUUCACCCUCACCCUAAUCAUUCAAUUUGGAUUCUGCCUACCAAAUGGGUAGAUCAUCGGAGGCUGGCAAUCCUCUUCCGCUUCCAGGCCUGGGGUUUGGCGUGUGUCCAGGCUUGCUUCGGUCCAUAGGGAAUCCCUUCAUGCUGCCCGCUCUGGAGAAGAGCGGAGCUUCGCAAAGAACAUGCUAAAAAUAAAAUUGGGAGGGUUGGAAUUUUUUUUUAACUCAAAGUUGAGAAGAUUAUUUAAGUCUAACAUCUUAAGAGUGUGUUUUUUAGAUAAGCACUAUCUAAAAAACACGUCACGGUGUCCACAGGCUUAGGUGCCAUGUCCACGCCAUCACUUCUGAUGCUGAAUGGCCCUCCUCACCCUUGUCCCCAAGACUACGCGGAAAGGGCAUUUGGCACUGCUCCCUGAAACAACAUGGUCACUCUAGCUGCCCUCCCCCACCAAGGCUGUGAUUUGACAUGACAUUUCAAAUAUAAUUUGCUUUGGGUUUUUAUUUCAAUUGUUCCAAUGGAAAAAGGAAAAAAAAAAAAAGGUUACUCAUUUGGUUGCACAUGCUUUCAAAUACAUGUCCAGUUGUGAUCAGCCGUGAUGAUCUGCUUUGGUUUAAGCAGGAAGACAGCUGGGGAUCCUAGCAGACCCAUGCCUGUGGGGUUGGGCUGUGUCUAGGUCUCUUGCAGGCUUUGGAGAACUAAUUAAGUGUUCUGAGAACGACACCAUUUCUUGAAACAAAGACAGUGGCAUUCUUCACUUUGAUGUUGUUUUGCAAGAUGUUGGAGGUAAUGUUCAUUUGUAUCUGGAUAUCUGUUAAUGUGCCAUUUUUCUUCUAGCAUCAAGAUGCAAAGUUAAAAAAAAAGGAAUGCUAUCUCAAGGACAAACUCUGUUUUUGAAAAAAAAAAAAUAUAUAUAUAUAUAUAUUGCCUUUCAGGCAAAAGGCAUUCAUUCCAGUGCAUAACCUCAGCCCUAGUGUGCAGCUAGCCAGGGACCACAGGGACUGUGGAAUGUUCAGGAACUCCUGGUGGACAGGAUGGGGUGGGAGGAUCUGGCGGAGCCUCCCAUGACGUUGGAAUCCAGAGCCCACGGUCCCACUAGAGUCAAGUCCAGAGACCAGCUAUGACAUGACUUUCUUGUUAAGAUCACCUCUCCUCCCAGCUUGGAUUAGAUAUUUUUUUCUAGCUAGCUGUUGUGAGCUCCCAAAAGUCCAAGGAAACCCCUUGGGUGGGAGAAAUUUUAUUUCUGUUUGAGCAGAUGAACAGGUGACCCCCUCAUCCUUGUUCUGGUUUCUGCUAGUCUCAGGCAGCCUUGAGUUUGAGAGGUUUCCAGAAGCUCUGGGGGCUGCUAAGAUACCAUGAAGAUAACUUUAAAAACCUGGCAGAUGCCCUUGUAGUAAGACUUUUCAUCUUCAAAAAGACCAUGAUGGGGUUUCCACUUCCAUUCAUUUAUUCCUCUCUGCCCUCUCAUUUCACCUUGCUUCAGCUUGGGGACUGUCACUGCUGUCGCUACCAUGGUGGCAAUCUGAACCCAAGGUAAACUCAAGUUGAAGGAAGAAGGGAAAUCGGGGCAAAAGCCCUUCCCUUCAUUGUCGGGGAAUGGACAACUGGAGAGAGAGAGAAAGUCAUUUGUCCAGGCUUGGUCAGCCGGCAUCGGGCUCCUUCUGCCCCAUAAGACACAGGAGGUGUUGCUGAGUCACUGCCCACCAAUAAGGGAGUUCUUAGAGGUCCUUCAUCUGGUUGUAAGGUCACCAGGCUUUCCCCAGGACAUGCUGCCAUUGCCAGGAACGUGAGGGAUGUGGCAAAGCACUGGGCUGCUGACAAAUGACCAGAAGCACAUCAUGGAACAAUGUCAGAUGGAUGGAUGAAUGUUAGAUAGUUGACAGGUGAUGGAUAAUAAAGGUAGAGAUAUGAUAGAAUAUAGUACAUAUGUAUAUAUUUACUGCACUCUACAUUUACCUGAUUCUUGCCCAUAUUUUUCCAAAGUCAAUAGUUGCCAGAAGCAGAUACCCAAGCCAAGGUGUGUUUUCCCAGCCUACGUUGCUGAGGCUCACUCAGAGCAGCCUGCUGCGUAGAUCAGGAAUCCUCAUGGAGAAUUCCAAACCUUU